AUGAAGCUGGUGCGUUUUUUGAUGAAACUGGCCCACGAAAGUGUAACAAUAGAAUUGAAGAAUGGAACGCUGGUAACAGGUACCAUUGUUGGUGUCGACGUAGCAAUGAAUACCCAUUUACGGACCGUCAAAAUGACACUCAAGAAUAGAGAACCCGUUUCCCUAGAUUCACUAUCUAUCAGAGGAAAUAAUAUCCGGUAUAUAAUUUUACCUGACACAAUUCCUUUGGAUACAUUAUUGGUUGAUGAUGAACCUCGCAAAAAGCCGGCACGUGGAGGACGUGGUCGAUCUGCGCCGAGUCGUGGUGGACGAGGACGCGGCCGUGGUAGAGGUGGGCCUCGUGGUCGUGGUGGUUUCAGGGGUGGGCGAUAA